GCUCGAUAGUUUGGUCAAUGAGCGGUAAAUAUCCGAAUGUGUACGUCGUUCACGUGAACUUUCGUGUCGAUAAAGCCUCUGAUUUUUAUUAUUGAAUUACUGUAUCUAUAUAAAAUUGUCGAUAGUGUAACCUCUAUUCAUCUUACAUUAGUGUCAAGUUUGCCGGUCCGGCAAAAGUAACAACCAAGAACCACAACCGCAAGUGCAGAAAGCAGGGAAGGGUCAUCUUUCUUCUGCUGGCUACCACGAAAAAAAAAAGCAAAAAGAAAGACAGAAGGAUAUUUUGUUUUAUUUCACUCUAUUUCUUUUCUGUUACCUUCGUUAUUUUUCGCCAAUUUUAUUGAAUUUGACGCUGUGUGGGUUAAAUUGCGGUUAUGAUUGUCUCAAAGAGAACCAUUUUAUUUGCUGUCUGCUAGUUUCUAACCUCUUUCUUUACUGUUGUAAAUGAAAGUGAUCAGGAAUGAGUAAAUAUGAAGAACAGAAACACAAUCUCAGCCUUAAACUGAAAGAUAUAUGUAGGCCUUAUCCACCUUUGGAAGAAAAGUCUUCAAAGACUUCUCAACCUAUAUCUGCUUUUGAAUCUCAUCGUAAGAAAACAAAUGUGGAAGAAGCAAAGAAAGCCUCUCUUGCUGUUGUUGAGGAAUGGGACGACGUUGCCACCAUAACACCAAAACUUAAUGAACCUCCUGAGUACCAAGCUAAAACUUGCACAGCUGUAGUUUCUUUCAGUGAGGCAUAUGAUUACUUCAGAAAAUCUGAUUUGAGUCAGCACAUGAAAAAUAUACAACCAUUUUCAGAAAGACAUGGCUUGUCUGCAGUUUUCAACAUGAUAUUUGGUCCUCCUAAAUUGAAACCAAACCUUGAAUAUGAAAGAGAUGUUGUUUUUGCUAUUGCCUUAUGUCAGCUGGAAUGGGAAACACCAAUUCAUGUUCAAAUUCUACAAACCAUUUACAAAAAGUUGACAGGGUCAAAGUUUGAUUGCCCCUCAAACGGAAGUCAUUGGCAAGAUGUGGGCUUUCAGGGUACUGAUCCAGGCACUGAUGUGCGAGGAGUUGGUAUGCUUGGCAUUCUACAGUUCUUGCACUUAGUAGUGUCCCCUCCAUUGGAACCACUUGCGAGGGAUAUCUACCGCAUUGCCAGAUCUGAGAGGCAAAACUUCCCAUUAGCUGUCAUGAGUAUCAAUCUCACAAAGAUCGCUUUGGAUUCCCUGCGCCGAGGCCAGCUAAACAGAGAAUGCAAUAGCCAGGGCAACGUAAUUGACGUUCUUAAUGAAUUUUAUGCAGCAGUUUUCUGUCACAUAUUUUUAAUUUGGAGUCAUCAACAGAAAACUAUUGUUGAUGCUGGAUAUAUAUUAAAAGAUGCAGAACGCUUCUGUGGACAUAAUGUUAGCAAGGCUUUACGUAAUCUCCAUCUUCAUUUAGCCUCAUAUGCAAACUGCAAGAGUAAUGCUUUUGAACCAGCUGUAAAAAAAGCAAAGCGUUGCACAGAUGAAGCAGGAUCAGAACUUGCAAGAGGUUUUCACAAUGUUGCAUCAUGAAAGUGAUUAAUUUUUAAAGAACUAAGGAAUACUUACCAAAAUAUGUAACAGCUGUUUGUUAUAUACAUGCACAAACAAGUCACCAAAAUUAAA